AUGAGUUCUGAAAAAUUUUUGUACAUGCAUGCGGGUGGCCAGUGGUAUGACUUUGAUGAUAGCCAUGUUUCUCCCAUCAGCGAAGAUAGGAUAAAAACUUCAGCGGCCUAUGUUCUUUUCUAUAGAAGAGUUGCAGAUAGAUUUCCGAGUCUCACUUACUUUUUCCAAGUUUCAAUGGAUUUGAAGAGGGCUGCUAAUGUUGGGAGGCACUAA